AGGGUGUAUCGCCAGCAAGCAAAGAGUGUGAACCGGAAAACAGAGCAAAGAGCACAGCAUAUCAGGGUGGAUCAUGGGUCGCCGAGCUGUAGCGAAGUUGAUCAGCUCGAUUGUGUCACGCGCCGAAUCAUCUUCAUCGCCGUCACUUCCUUCUUCUUCCACUCAGAUCCGCCAUUUCACGUCAGCGCCACCCUCUCCUGCCGUUUUCGUUGACAAGACCACACGCGUCAUCUGCCAAGGCAUCACCGGCAAGAAUGGCACUUUCCACAGUGAGCAAGCCAUCGAAUACGGAACCAAGAUGGUGGGCGGUGUAACACCAAAGAAGGGUGGGACUGAACACCUAGGACUUCCUGUGUUUAACACUGUUGCUGAAGCAAAAGCUGAAACAAAGGCAAAUGCUUCAGUCAUCUAUGUUCCUCCACCAUUUGCUGCAGCUGCCAUUUUGGAGGCAGUGGAAGCUGAGUUGGAUCUUGUUGUCUGUAUCACUGAAGGGAUUCCUCAGCAUGAUAUGGUACGAGUGAAAGCUGCUCUUAAUAGACAGUCUAAGACUCGUCUAAUUGGACCAAACUGCCCUGGUAUCAUCAAGCCUGGUGAAUGUAAAAUUGGAAUCAUGCCAAGUUACAUUCAUAAACCUGGUUGUAUAGGAAUUGUUUCUCGUUCUGGCACCUUGACGUAUGAAGCGGUUUUCCAAACAAGUGUUGUUGGACUUGGACAAUCCACUUGUGUGGGCAUAGGUGGAGAUCCUUUUAAUGGAACGAACUUUGUUGAUUGCGUGGAGCGAUUCCUAGCAGAUCCACAGACUAAAGGCAUAGUUCUCAUAGGAGAGAUAGGGGGAACUGCUGAAGAAGAUGCUGCUGCACUAAUUAAGGAAAGUGGGACUCAGAAGCCUAUCGUCGCAUUUAUUGCUGGAUUAACAGCUCCCCCUGGCCGUCGCAUGGGUCAUGCUGGAGCCAUUGUGUCAGGUGGCAAGGGCACUGCUCAGGACAAAAUUGAGACUCUGAGGGAAGCUGGGGUCAGAGUAGUUGAGUCGCCUGCUAAAAUUGGAUCUGCCAUUCUUGAUUCUUGCUUGAGGACCUUGGUGGGAUAGUUUCAGAAAUUUGACCUCAUCCAAUUUUAUCACUAGUUCAAGACUUCUCAUAGUUGGCUUUCUGUGUCAAAGAGCUGAGAACAUUUUACUUCUGUUGACAAAUUAUUGGAUCGCUCAUCCACUUUCAUUUGGAGACGAAUUCAUUGAAGUAAAAUGAAAGCAAUUCAAGAUUCUUAUUGUAUUUCUUUUGUGACUGUUUUGAAAACACUGAAACAGUGAAAAAAAAUAAUGAACGCUUCACUGAUUCACACUAAUGUGAACUUCAGACUUUCCAA